AGGUGGAAAACUUUGUUUCCUUUUAUUUCUCAAGGUCCAAACUGAUUAUUCUGGUGUAGUCACUCUCACUAAUUUUAUACGUCCGACCAGUUGUUGUGUCGGGAGUGUCCACUUUGCAUAUGAACAUGUCAAAAGGCACCCAACACUGAUCAUCUCUUGUUGGCCAUGUAAAGUCUAAACUUGGCCCAUGUGGGUGCAUGAAUUUGACAAGAAUGUCUUCCUGCUCUUGGUCUAUUUCUUGAACCAAUCCAACCCACCAGAACGAGUCAUACUGGCAGGCGAUGAAUUCCAUGAUCUUCACAUCACAAACUUGAUCAGCCGUCACAGUGUCAAAAAAUUUAAAUUUUCCAGCUUCAGCUUCAUCAUCACUAACUCUCUUGUAGCUAACUUCCCCUUCAGAAAGAGGAGAAAAAUGAUGAUAACUCCUUGUACCAGGAAUUGUUUUUCCACUUUCAAAUCUAGUAUACAGCAUUGGUCUGAUCGAUGUCAUAUCUAUUUUUGUAACCUUCAGAAAUUUGAUACCCUUAAUGUGCAACUCACAAUACUCGAACAUUUUUUCCAUGGACAAUAUUUGAUCAGCUAAAGGUCUCUGCAUACUAGCUCUUGCAACAAGUCGUUUAACUGUACCUCCAAUACCAUCACAGGGAGAUUUUCCAUGACUGGUUGCAAAGAAUGCCCACCUUGCAGUUAUACCAAAAUCAAUAUAAUGAUGGCAGAGAUUUAUAAUGUUCUUAAAAUUUUUGUACUGUCCAGCACAACCAUCUGAAAAAUAUAAUAUGUCCUUAACAUCAGGAAGCUCUCUUUUCAGGUAUUUUACAACCUCUUCUUGCACUUUAUAAACAAAACAAGUGUCGUGUUCCAUGUCAUCAGAUAUCACACAGAUAGAGUCACAGUGAAGUUUACCAUCCUUCAUGUGGUAUAGGGCAACUGGGUGUAGGGUACAACCGAUUUUGUUCCAAUGAAAUCCUUGGAUUUCAUCCUGGACCAUAAACUGAUAAUUCUCUGCAAAGUCAAGCAAGGCAAUGCACGAGGUUUCGCUCAGGUUGUCUUUGAGAUUCUUCAAGUACCUGGCUUGACUCUUUGCUAUAAAAGAAUGUACAGUUAACUUAGUGAUAGCAUUAACCAGAAGUUCAACAAAUUCUUGAGCAGUUGUUGUUUGGGUACAUAACAUAGCUCUAUCAGUCCCCUGCCAUUGCUGGAAAGAAAUUUCUUCUAGUGAGUCAGCAAACAUUUCAUCUAAGUACUCUCUCAAAGCAUUUUCUCCUGGACAAUUUUCACAACGAUGGAUCAUGCACAUCUUGUUGUUUAUAUCGCAGACGACCAUCGCCAUGAGGUCGUGAUAGUCUUUGUCAAUGUUUGUUCCGUGCACUAACAGUUGUGCAUUUUGAUGGCUGGUACAAACACAAACAGAAUGAGUCCCUGAGGAACCAACAGAAACACACCACUUGGGUCUCAGGCUGCAAAAUUUCGAAAAACCAACCUUUGCAUCUGGAUAUCUUUCUUUAAAUGCACUGUACAACUCCUUUAAAUUACAGAGGAGUAGUCUUCGCUGUUUAUGUACAUUUCUUGAGACACUAACGUAGUCCUUUUUACCCGGCAUAAGUCUUGAAAAUUCGUCAUCUUCAAAAAAGUUAACAACAAGUGAUUUGGUGUCUUCCUGAAGUGUUUUGCCUUGUCUUGGAUUUGGUACCGAUAUAAUUCCCUUUUCUUCUUUCAAUUUUCUAGCAGCACGAAUAGUAUAUUCUGGCACUUCAAAAAAAUUAGCAGCUUUUUUUCGGGACCAUGACUCAGGUGUAAGUGUCAAAAUUUGAAUUUUGGUUUUGUAAUCAGAUAUUUUGAGCUUUUCCUUCAUAAGAUGAGUUAAUCUAUCUAAAUCAGCAGCUUUUUCUUGUAAGGUGGGUGGGAUUUUUGCACGAGGGUCAUUUCUUUUCAAUUCUUCACAAUCAACAUCGAUCGCAGCUGCCACUCUUUCCUCAAUUGAUGCACAUACUCGAUCUAUUUUGCCCUUUGCCUCAUUGAUUUUUCUUUGCUUUGAUAGACCGUGUGUUUUUAUAGGAGAAACUGCUAGCUCCUCAAAACUGGUGUUCAUCACACCUCUUGCAGCCUCUUUUGUUGCAUCUCGUUCAAAUUCUGUUAUUUCAUAGUCAAUCUCAUCACCUGCUUCUGCAGGCUCGUCAUUUUCUUGUUCUUUUCUGGCCUUGUGAAAACAAUUUCUACAAAGUUGCCAGCCAGGUAUUACAUCUAUCCCUUUUUGGCUAAGUUGCUUUGCCAAAUGAAGGGUGAUAAUAUGGCUGCCUUUUGCCUUUGCUUUAUGAGAGUUGAAAAUAUUACAACAUUUGUUGAAUUUUUUUUCAAACACGUUGCCAUACAUUUUGCUAUGAUGCAUACAAAUAGUCAUAUUUGUUUUAUCUUGUUGAUGAGCAAUUCUUGCCCUCAUGAGAAAUGUUUCUUGUACAUCUUCAGAAUAAUCACUAAGAUUUUCCAUACCUUGUUUUCUUGUAUACGAAAGCUUAUGGCAUUCAUCUCCAACAGUUUCACCAAAAUCACACUGACUUAAAGUGGUGUCAAUAUCCCAUGAAUAUUAAUUUAAAAACUACUUAGAAAUUGUUCAAAUUUUAUUCAAAUUUUUAAAACACAAUUAGGAAAACACAUGGUAAACAUAGUACUUCCACAAUGUUAGAACAAAUUUCCUUUUUUGUGCUAAAAAGUUCCUGAUGUUCUGAUAUCAAUGUUAUAUGAUAGGUAUAAAUAUUAAAUAAUAACUAAUAAAUUGUAUGAACAGAAUGAUGAAUUAUCAGCAUCUAUCAUCUAUAAUAAUGUUGCUUAAGGGUAAAAACAUCAAUUUGGGUACAUAUUUUCAAGUUGCUGUAACUUUUGAAGCCUAGGAGAACUAUUGAUGAAACUACCUUACAAUGCUCAUGAACAUGUGUACUUUAACAUGGUUUUAUCAAAAAUUCUGUAUCAUGUCCGCCACAUUCCCAAAUUUACACUUAAAGUGGCGUGACGCAUAUUUGAAAAAAAAAUUAAUUGCCAUGGCAAUAACAGCUCUCCUAUUGGUUGUAAGUAAUUUUUAGUAUCAGUUUUGAAUUCUACAGCAUAAAUUAUGUAAUCCCCCCCAAUUUUAUAAUAAUAGCUCAAAUAACCAUGAUUUUAUUACUAUUUUACUGAAUCGCUACCCGCGAACUUUUGCUUGGGCCACACCCCUUUUUGAUCAAAUUUCUCAAAAUACAAGGUCCGAUAUCUCGGAAACUAAUCAAGCUACAAGUCUGAAAUUUUGGAUUUUGGCAUGUCUCAUGUUGCUUGUUAUUUCCUCCAAAUUUGAAUAAAAUCCAAGAGGGGUGGUGUCAUUUUCAAAAAUUUCUGGAUGAAUUGACAUGGAAUUACCCAGACGAAAACGUCCACGUUAGUUCUAUAUUUCUCAGAUAGUCAGAUCCUGAACAAAAAACGAUGUACAAAAUAUAUCCGUACGAAGCACUAAUAUUUCCAUGCUUGAUACCGCGUUACGGUGUAUCUAAGAAUUGGAAUUCACAGAAUAAAGAGAUGAUUUUAUAUUGGGUGAAAUGGAAUUGGAAGUCUGAAGAUAUUUGUGCCGCUUCAUUUGAUUGGCCGGAAUUAAUUAUGUUCGCAUGAGUGACGAUUGAAGUAUCGACCUACAGAUUAUAUUACAUACAUGCAACACCUAUUCUCGCAAGUGGUUUUAUAAUUAUCACAGUGUUGCAAUUCGCUGAUCAACGAGUUAUAAGAUUGUAGCAUUAUGUCUAAUGUCAGUUUGAAGCUUUGUGAUCUAAUGGAGUUCUCAAAGAUGUGUGCCCCUGAAUACAAUAUGCCUGAGUUAAGCGACCGAGUCUUGGUGUUUGAUGUUAUGCAAGACGGCUGGAUAAGUGCCAGAAUUCUCAACGAUGUUUCACCUUCUGAACCCAACGAAAUACUAGCUUCGACCUCCACGUGUGAUGGUUCUAGUGAAAAGCAACUUUUGGAAAAACCCGAAGAGCCUCAAAGCCAUAAAAUUGAAGUCAAAGGCGAUGAAGCAGAAACCGGAAGAAAUCCCGGAAAUCAAAGCGAAAACGAAAGCGAAGGUAUGCAGGACUUAGCCUGCGAACAGGACUCGAAGACCAAUGAGAUCGACAGCCCGACAAUUCAAGAUUCUACCGAGGGCGUUGCCACGAAAGCCGAAAAGCCAAACCGAAACUCAGAAAAUUUAAACGAACCACUAAGGCAGCAUAAGAUAUAUGUCCAUAGUUUCUGGCUUUCUGUUCAAAGUCCAUAUUUUCGAUCGCUGUUUUAUUCCAGUGGCAUGAAGGAAAAUGAAGACAAAGAAGUACAUGUUAAAGUCUCGGAGUCCGAAGAAAAUGCGCACCUUAUUCUCCUGGAAGCCAUGUACCGUGAUGAUGUGGUGAAUGACAAAACGGUGGACGGUUCGCUCGACGUCUUAGAGUUGGCCAACAAGUACGACCUGAAGUUUGUGUUUAAGAAAUGCAAGUAUGUUCUUCAAGAGAAUGCCACUACUUUCGAGAUAAGCACACAAAUAAUGGACGUGAUUAAAGUGAAACACAACAUGGACGAUGUCGAAGAUUUGGCAGCAACUUUACAGUCGGUUCUUGUCCAAGAGUUAAGUCCCUUAGAUGAAAACUGGCAAUCUGAAAAAUUUUGCAGUCUGUCAGAACCGUCUCUGAAAUAUUUACUAAGCAGUGAUGAUUUGAUUGUCGCAUCGGAGAACACUGUGUUUCAUACUUUAAUGCACUGGAUGGAGCAAAACGAUGUCGAUCCUGCCAGUUUGGAAGAGACGAAUGAUCUCCUAGCUGUUGUCCGGUUCAAGUUGAUUACAAUUGACUAUCUGUAUAAUGUGAUCAACAAUCAUCCAAUUGCUUCCAAGAUGCCAAAGUUUAAUGAGCUCUACCUCGGUGGAAUGACAUACCAUGCAAUUCCUGCAGAGCAAAAGAAGUUGUUGGAACGGCAGCCUGUAGCAAGAAAGGAACCGGAAGGAAUAAUUUAUCAGCAUGUUGCUGUUUAUAAGGAACAGGAUUUUGAAACUGCAAGAACAACAGGAACAUUCAAAUGUUCAGACGAGUUUUGGGCAUGUGGUUACAAGAUGAGCAUAGGUCUAACUUUAUAUGAUAGUACUUAUGGUAUGAUGUUCCCACAACUGAGUGUUCACAACUUAAACAAAGAAAGUUUAGUGCAUCUUAAUUUUGCAUUCACAGUGACGAAAACCAACGUCCGAUGGAAGAAAAAACAAUUUGGGAUGACUUCUUGUAGCGAACAAUUUUCUCAAUUGAUUGUCAAUCAACAAUGCAACGUACAUGUAGCUAUAAAGUCAUUGACAUUAUAGUACAUUUGAUGAACCUUGACCUUGUAUUAAAUUCGAAACGUCACUUUCAAGAUUUAUAUUGAAAGCUUAAACCCUUUAUAUUCACUAUUAGAUUUAUUAAACAUAAAGACUGCCAGUCUACCAAUACAUUUAUUGUAUGAUGAUUUAAUAAAUGUGCAUGCAUGUCAAAUAAAUUAUAUAAGGAACAGCAAAGAACCAAAAUUACAAGGUCUGCAUGCAUAUUCUAAUUCGUUCGAUAUAAAACGACACCUGAUUUUUUGUUAACUUCAGCGAAUCUGUGUAAAUAUAAUAAGAUUUUCCCCACUUAUUCUGAAAUAGAUAAUCUGUAUUUUCAUGUUUUCAUGUUAUUUAUGAAAUAAAUAAAUGGAUAAACUGACCGCAUUUAGUUUUGCGUGAAAUUUAUUUUGUGUAUUGAUCAAGGAUGGCAAAUCUUCUUAUAUUAUUUCUUCUUAUAUAUCUUCUUAUAUUAUUAUAAGAAGAUUUUAUUGUUGACCACAUUUCUUCGUACACCCUCUUAUAUUAUUAUAAGAAGAUUUUGUUUUUGACCAAAUUUCUUCGUAUAUCUUCUUGUAUUAUUUUAUUUUCUGUAGCUUUGAAAAAAAUCGAAAUUGUAAAAUCAGUAAAUUUAGAUUAUAGUAGAAUACUUCAUUCAAAUAUACAAAUCUCCAAAAUGUCAUUAAAUUUUUGCUUGCAAUGAAUGUCGAAAAUCUUCUUAUAUUACAAUAAAUAUAAUAAUUAAGAGGAUUUUUUUCUGAAAAAAUCUUAUAUCUGUCCCUGGUAUUUAUUGAUGUAAAUUUAGUACUUUUAUAAGUAUUUCCGUGCGUAUACGUAUGUAUGAAAAACUAAAAUGCAGCCUUGGUGAUUUUGAUGUUGUAAUUGGCGAAAAUAUCUCUUCAAAUAAGUAUAUAUAGAAGGCGAUCCUACAUUUUGGCGGUGGAUUCUUUUGCCAACCAAUCACAUUGCUGAAAUUUGUUUGUCAUUUCCUUUCACAAAUACACAGGUAUUACCUUAUGAGAAAGCAAAACUAAACGAACUCAUCAGGACUGACAAUAAGGUAAAAUUGUUUUUGUAAUGAGUAUAUAGGCGACAAUGUGGUUCCCUUGCCCCAUCAUCUUCCCAGAGCCCUGCCAGAUCAGAACUGCAGAGUUGGUCAGAGCCGCCCUCGUGAUAUUUUCAGGAAAAAGUUUAGCGCCUUCUAGCAUAACCGCUUCAUAUAAACAAUUUUCAGACUCUGCCCCCAAAUCUCAAAAUUUCAUUGUUUUUAUAAACUAUUUGGUAUUAUAAUAAUAAUAAUAAUAGCUUUAAUGUGAGCAAAUCGUAGUGCAAGACUAAAUUAAAUUUACCCAUUACAAUGUUACUUUAGAAAGGUAAAAAAGGAAACAACCACAAACAUUAAAACUAAGAUGCUCUUGACUGCCUCUUGUUUUCUUGAUGUGCCCUUGCCCAGAUGUCCCAGAGACCAUAUCAAGAACAACCUAAAUUUACAGCCUGUCAUAUAAUCUCAGGGUGUUAGCCAGAAAAAGAAAGUUUUGUCCGUUAAACGUAAAUUGGGAAAGGUUUUUUGACCGAUCAAAGUUCUUGUAUAGGAAUAAAUAGUGUUUUUUCCAACGUGUUUCUCCUUAGAUGCAAACAACGGUAGCUUGGUUUUGUACAAAUCAUUUCCGGUGAAUGAACACUGAAAAAUGCACCCGAUGGCACUUCGUUUUGUACAUUUCAUUUCCGCUGUAUUGACACUGAUGCACACCGAUUACACUUUGUUUUGUACAUUUCAUUCAGUCAGUGAAUACACACCCAAUAUGAAUGAAACGCGAUACAUUUUGAGAAAAUAGUUAAUGCGAAAAUGUAAAUAAAACGUUCUUUGAUAUAAUAAUAUAAAAUCAAACGCAAUGCACUUUUUCAUCAGAAAAAAUGAAAAUCUUCCAGUAGACCCAGUUGGGAAAGGCCCUUAGCUACUUCAAUUGGGAAGAGUCCGUCAAACGGACAGUAUAUGGGCUAGCUAACACCCUGAAUCUUGACUGGUCUGUGCCAGUUUAUAGGUAGUGGUAAUGAUAAGAAAGCUUCGGAUUGAUAGGGAUACAACUAUCGAGCGAAGGCCGUUCCCGACGAAGGCCGUUUUGCUCGAAACGUCGAAAUUCUCCUUGGAUUUUUUAAGUAGUUGCAUCCCUAUCAAUCCGUAACUUUACGGUCUGGCUGCCUGAGAAUCUUAAAGAAAAUAUCCAUGGACGGUUACCCACAUGGUGAGACUGCACCUGUGAUGCUCCCCACCACGGGGAAAUUGGGAAACUCCGCACUCUCUUGUAGAUGCGUCUAGGUAGACCAUGCAGUUAAUUUGGCUGCAUGUUGUUGACUUCUCUUUUUUGAAGGUAUUUAAUAAAGUCAUGAUGGUGUUCUCCGCUCUCUGCUCCGAGAUUAGUGAACUCAAACACGAGGUAUUCAUACGCUGUAUGUUUCAACACAAUUUGAUUGAGUCUUUCACCACAGUGUGCAAUUAAAUUUAGGAUCAUUUUGAAUUUUUAGGCAGAGAACAAGUUUUAUUUUCCAUUAUUGCUGUUUGAAGAAUCAGGUAAUGUUUAGGGUUUUUUUGUUUUCCCAAAUUUAUUUGGAUCAAUAAUGCCUACAAUAUGUUAUCAAGUCUAAGUUACAUAAGAAGAAAUAACUUAUAAAUCGAAGAUCCAAAAAGGCAAGGUACGAACAGGACUCUUGAAAAACGACCCAUGCAAAGCACCUGUCGAGAAUUUAGAUUUUAUGUACUUAGGGACCGGUCAUAAAGUAACUGCUAGGGUGGGCUGGAGUGAUUUGGGAUGGGCCAUGGAAAAUCUUUGGGCAGUUUCGAUGGGCCGCCAAUUUUUUUGUAUGUCCACGGUUGGGCCACCAAACGAAAACCCAUGCAUGUCUACUUCAAAAAAUAAAGAUAUUAAUAAUAAAAGUAAACAAAACUAUGUAAAUUAUCUAAUGCAAAUGAUGCUAUUGAAGCCAGUACUUUGUUUUAUACAACAACAAGAAGUGGUCGAAUCACAGCAAAUACAACCAACUGGAGAACAGCUCAGUAGCAAUGUGUUGGUCAAGCUUGGUGGAAUUAUGUAUGUCAAUACAGUGCCGUGUAUAUUUAUAAUGUUCAUACCUGCAAGUUUUUUUAUUAUAAAAGUGUAUUUUCCCAAUUUAGAUUGGGUGGGUCAUGAAAAUUUUUUUGUAAGAUUAGAUGGGCUUUGAAAUUUUUAUCUACAUCCUAAGAUGGGUCACCGAACUUAUUGGCAAAAUUUGUGAUUUACCUCCAGCCCACCCUAGCAGUUACUUUAUGACCAGUCCCUUAAAUGUUAAACAUAUUAGUAUACUGUAUAUUAAAAAUUCUUAAAUGGAAAAAUGAAUUAAGAAAGAAAGUAUGUAAUAGGGAGUGUAGAUCGAUUGAGUAAGUAAGCAAGACAUGCAUGCAUGCAUGCAGAAAGACAAAUAAGAAAGACAUAGACAGAUGCACAGACAGAGGAGAUAAACAGACAGAUAUAGACAAACAGGCAGAUGGGUGGAGAGACGGACAGACAGGUUUAGGGACCGAUCAUUAUUUAUGGUGGGGGGUGGCACCGAAGAGAAAUGUUUUUCGUGGCAAAAAUUUUGCUGACCCAACCAUUAAAAAAUCAAAAAUUUGAUUACCCAACCUCAAGUAUCAUUUAAAAAAUAAAUACCCACCCCUGGCCAAAAACGUUACAAAAGGAUGUCAUUCAGUUGUCACACAUGACAGUCUCCCUCGCAGACGUUCUUACUAGUCCUUUACUACUUCUGUGAUACGUUUGAUAACGUUCGGCUUGUGAAUGUUUGUUAGUUUGAUAACGUUCGGCUUGUGAAAUUUACUGACUUUUCUGCAGUCUAAAGUUUCAUGUUGUCUGCACAUUUACUUUCUUUGGAGACACCAUUUGUCUCCCAACAAAUCGGAAAAUGAUGAAGAUAUGACUGUUGACAUUGAAGUUUUCAGUCUUCAAUAUUUGAGUGAGUCAUGCUUUGGAAAUGACAAUAAAUUUUUAUUACCCAACCUUUGAGUUGUUUCGUUUUUCAUUUACCCAACCUUUUACUUACUCAAAAUUUUAUUUACCCAACCCUUUUCUCUUCGGUGCCACCCCCCGCCAUAAAUAAUGACCGCUCCCUUACCCAGCUAUGUCGUGUGGCAGUAGCGUGCUAAAGACCACGUACAUUUUAAUCUAUAUAAUGUCAUUUCAUUUUCUUAACUGCAUAUUAAACCCAAGCAAUAUACUGUUGUGUGAUCAUAAUUUCACUUGCAUGUGACAAGAGAGCUUGCUUUUUGACUCUAUACCAAAUUCGGCAGGUUUUCUCCAGGUACUCUGGUUUAGGGUACCUAUAAUACUGGUGAGGUUCGGAUUCGACGUCCGCUACCAUUAAAAGGGACCAUUAGCCAAUCAGAUGUGCUUGAUGUAUCCGAUCAACCAAUCAGAUGCGUUUGAUAUAUCCUAUCAACCAAUCAGAUGCGUUUGAUAUAUCCGAUCAACCAAUCAGACGCGUACUAAGCCAAUGAGAGGUAAUGGUAACGGUAGCGGAAGUAAAAUCUGAACCUCUCUACUGUACCAAUAAUGGAUGGUUGUUUUAGAACAAGCUUUAGCUGGUAAUCCCAUAUUCUUCUCAUGGUGAUUAUUUUUGAAAUCCAUUUCAGUUUCAGAUACAGCUUUACCAGAAGGUGAUGCUCAAGUCAAACUUGGAAGAUUACUCCCUUUGUUACAGGUGUGAUAUCUGUGCUGUAAUAAAAUUCCAAUUAGUGGGUUAUUUUCUGUAUAUGGUAAAAUGGUUCACCUCCAUGAAAAAUCUUUCCUCUAUUCUGAAUAUUUGCCCGCUCUGAAAAAUCUGCACCCCCUGAAAUUAGCUUUCCCCUUCCCCCUCGCCUUCUCUGAAAAACCUGUUCCUUCCCAUCAUUUGCAAAAUUCCUUGUGGAACUCAAUAAUAAUUCAUGAAGAAAACACAAAAGAAAUCAUGAGCGCGAAGGAGUUGUAUAUCUGAAACAAAAUCGUGCUAAUUUACAUCAACUUUAAGUUCAAUUUUCUCAUCAAAUAUCAUUCGUUUAUUUUAAAUUGUUGAAGAAUACGAAUGUUCUCAACACGGCCGCUCAUGUUGUAAAAACUACAUAUAAACCCUGGUGGAAAAACUUGAGCACGAUCCUACAAGAUCUUUUGGGAUUCUGUUUAGCAAUUAUUGCUGUUUUCAUGUUUAAUAGGAAAUAUCAAGUUUUGUGUAUCGAGCAAGUGAAGUGGUCAAACAUGUUGUGCAACAGUUAUCUUUAUUAUAUGCUAAGUAUGUGGAUCAAAUACAGGUUAUAGAAACAUAGGGUGAAGAUUUUGAUUUUUACCAGCUUGACACAAUAAAGCCCCGUUUACACUACGCUCAAUUUUUGGUACGGCACGGAUAAAAUUGGUACCCGUACCACUUUUUUGGUUCUUGGACUACCUAUUUAGGUAGUCCAAGAUCCAAAAAUUGGUACGGUACCAAAAAUUGAGCGUAGUGUAAACGGGGCUUAGCUAAAUAGGUAGUCCAAGAACCAAAAAAGUGGUACGGGUACCAAUUUUAUCCGUGCCGUACCAAAAAUUGAGCGUAGUGUAAACGGGGCUUAAUGCAUUUACUUAAUUUGCUUGUUCAAAUUAAACGUACAUUAAUUAGGUGGGUUUGUAGGGCAACAAAUGCACAAUAAAAUCUUUAUGAUUUGUGGAAAUUUGGGGCAUAAUUUAAAGUGGUAGUUGGUAGUACACCCCCUUGAAAAUAUGCACAUCAGAUGAGCCUGAACCCCCUCCCUCUGGAAAUUAUGUACUUGCUCAUUAAUACUACGGUUGAAUUUUUAUUACGUUCCCUUAUAUAGGACAGGUGUAAGGGUACUUGAUGUUUCUGGUGUUCAUCUCACGGUAAGUACCAGGUGAUCUCGGAACUCGGAAAAGGCCUGGCACUAGUUGUAAAAUAGAAAUCCAUUUCUGGUUUAAAAUUACUCAAUAUCUCAUUAACGGUAUUAGAUUUCUAUUUCAAAUUUGUCCCAGACAUUCAUUUCCCUGUGCAAGACACAGACACAGAGUUUCAAACAGUUUCACAAAAGAAUCAGGGCAUGACAAGUGAUUAAAGGUACGAAACUGGAUUUCUAUUCUGUUGCUAGUCCCAGUCCUUUUGCUCACCGUCAGAUCACCUGGUAACAAUAGAGUAGCUGAAAUGUGGAGGUCCAGUGUAGCUAGUAUUUUACAAUGAGCUGUGGUGGUUUGUGUCUGGCCUACCUGAAUGAGAUUAAGGAAACCAAACACCACAUUGAAGUGUUUUCUGUGAUUUUCUUUCCAGACUGUAUUUGAACAUCUUGGAGAGUUAUUGACGGUUCUUAUCACUCUCGAUGAAAUUAUGAAUGAAUGUUCUGGCAUUCAUGAAAAUUGGAAAAGAUACAAAAGGUAUAGUUGUGAUUGAUUAUAUAUCAGCAAAAAUAUUUUACUUAAAUUUUUCACAUUUUUCUGUAGAAUGCUCAAGUCAGUUCAACACAAUCCAGGCGUAUUCAGUGUUAAUCCAGACAAGUUGAAACCGUUAGAGAAAUGGAUCAUGAAAAUAGAAGGACAGAUUUUAGAUGGCUUGAUCUUUGAUGUAUGUAUACAAUGUAUAAAAUCAUCAGACACAUUUCAGUGUGGUUUCCAAAUAAAUAAUAUUUACAUUCAGGUUUAUACUUUAUAGAACUGUGUAAAACAGAUAUUUGACACAGCGACAUUCCCAGUGAGCAGUAAUCGUGGAGUUUUUGAUGAGUUCCUUCAUAAUCUUCAAGUUAUAUUUUCAACCAUUGAACCAAAGCUUGGUAGGUAUUAGACAGACACAUAGACAUCGGAUAUUUAUAUAUAUUUUUUAAGGUUUAGUUAUGUUAACCCAUUAAGUGUCAAUGCACCCGGAUGUACCUUACUUUAUUAUUUUACUCUGUCUAACACCAGAUAAUUUUACGCAUCAAGGGGAGAGUGCUGCUUCUCAAUGCGUUAAUCCAGUGGUAUAGUGUCUUAGUGCAUUGCCGAGGAACACCCACGCCAGAUUAGCAAGUAUGUUAUUUAAACACAACCUCAUUCCCAAGCUCUUUUGACGCUAGGGAAAACCCUGGGAACGAGAGUUGAUUCAAAGAUUAAGGACUCGUCCCUCAUCAGUGCUUUUCAGAGAUAGAUCACGUCGAGUCUUAUGCUAUAUUACCCAGGGUGGAGACUAUAAAUUUUGAAAUAUUUUUCAACAGAUUUUUGUGAGAAGGAAACUGGCGUAUACCCCAAGAAAACCCGUGACCCCAAGAUGAACGCGACACUCUCCCCAACCACCUUGCUGAAACUUUCCAAGCGUUAUAUUACACUGAUCUGGCCCUUCCGAAACCGAGACACGAAUUCCUAAAAAAAAGCUUUAAGUACAGUGGUGCUAAACUUUGGAAUAGCCUUCCGCGCGAAGCUAAUGAAGCGCAAUCAACUUACUCUUUUAAAAAUAUUGUAAAACAAUUAUAUUGUUAGAUUGAAUCAAAUAUCCAACCGGGUCACACCAAUAUAAUUUAAUCUCCUUUUAUAAAUCAUUUGUAAAUAGCUAUACAUUUUUCUUCUUCUUUGUAAAUAUCUUUUUCUUGUGCUAGUGACGCCCCUUGUGGAAAUCAACUGUUGCUGUUGACAAGGCUAGCGUCAUUAAAUCAAGUUUUACAUACAUACAUAUUCUUGCUUUGUCCAUAUUUCAUGUCUUCCUCAUAUCUUGAAUAUUUUCCAGGAGAGAGUGGUGAGAUCGAUCAACGCAAGUCAUUUGUUGGUUUCCUUGGCCUUUACAGUUUGUAUGUACAGAUAUUUAGACAGGUUGACAAGAAAUUCAUCAAACAGAUUUGGGAAGUACACAGAAAGGUACGAAUGUCUAAUAGAAAUCCAGAUGCAGUUCCGUUUAGAAAUAACAAAAACCGUAAAUAAUACAUGAUAGAUCGUUGGGUGGACCGUUGAAUGGCCACUGUAAUAAACGUCAGCCUCUCUGUAAUUGACUACAAAUGUUUAAAAUGUUUCUAAAAAGUAUUUAUAUGUUCUUAUUUUGAAUGGUGCAACCGAAGAAGAGUUUUUUAUCUCAAGAGGUAAACUAUUGUAUGGUAGAUCGUCUGAUUGUCAAUUUAUUUCUUAGGUUCCUGCUAUCCAUUUGGUCGGAAACAUCAUGUUCUUUCCAAACGAGUUUAUUCAAUCAAAGAUCCCACAACUACAGAAGUUUAUUGAUCGAAAGCAAGAAGCAGUCGUGAGAUCAUCGAGAGAAAGUUUUCUCUCGGCAAUGAACCAAAAUUUGCCCAGGUACAUGUAGAAUACGAGAGUUAACGUUUUUUCUAGAGUUAAAAUUUGAUAGUGUUCAAACUAACUUCGUAACGUGAACAAUGAACAGUUUGUGUCUCUUGUGCAACAUAUAAUCGAUUUUGUUCUCAAAAUCGAUCCCUUGUUUUUAAACCUUCGUACUAUAGAACGUCCACUUUUCAGGCUUCGUUUUUCAACCGAGUAGUUAAGCCUUGGAACCAUGUUUGUAAAAUAGCCUCUCCAAAAACGUUCACCAGCCUAGUUAUUUUUAAACACUUCCUGCACACGACAUACUCCAACUUGGUCAAGAAUACUUUCAAUGUAAAUAUACCAUGCACUUGGUCACUCACACGAGAUUGAAAAUUACCAUGUACUUACACUGUACCGCCAACACUGAACCAUAUUACAUACAAAGAAAAAUCUUUGGGCCCUUUUAACCUUUUCCUUGUUGUCGUUAGGGAAGCAAAGAAUUUCAAUCUACAAGUGAGUUCAUGGAUGGUGUUGAUGGAAUCAUGUUUCAGUAAAGAAGAAAGCCUAACUGAAAAUCUCAAUGCACGAUGUUCGUUGUUUCUCAAGGUAGGAGAGUUUUCAUUGUUUCAGUCCAGGAUGCGACAAUUCUAGAUUUGUAUUCGUACCUGACUGAUACUCCAAUGAUUAUUGCCUUAUACUUGAGCUCGUGCAAACUUUAGACUCAAUGUGUAUACUUACGCCUGCAUGUAUUCUAAACGCUCACUCACACUGAAAGAGUGGAGGUUCAAUCUGAGCUUCCCUUGAGUGUCAAUGCUGUUUUUGAAUAGCCGGAGGGUUAGUGUCGUACCUUACUAUGUGGCUACUCACCCUCCAGCUAUUCAAAAACAGCAUUGACACUCAAGGGAAGCUCAGAUUGAACCUCCACUCUUUGAGUGUGAGUGAAUGAGCUUUUAGAAUACAGGCGUUAGUCUUUAAAAUGAAGUACAUAAAGUGCAGGUUUCUGAAAGGUAUUCAUUCAGUAACCUGGAACUACGAGUUGGAAUGAGAAGGACGACAAUCGCAUAUACAAAACACUAGAAUCGACUCCAACAUUGCUUAGUCCCAUCAGUCAUAUUUCAUGCCAAGAUAUGUCAGAGGUACCUAUAUAUAUGUUUGACUACCUUUGGGUUUGGUAAGGUCACAUGCAUGGUACCAGCACAAUGUAAAUACGCAGAAAGCAACAUUAUUUUCUCACUCGGCGGAUCAAUACACCCUUUCGAUAAUUACGUCAUUUGACUUGAGAGCCUCGCUCUCAUGAAUCGUGAGCCAAUCACCUUGUGUAAUUUACUAAUGAGAGCGAGGCUUCAAGAGCAAAAAGUAUGUGUGACGUAAUUAUCGAAAGGGUGUACUGGCUGCAUGAUUUCGAUAAAAUCCAGUUGUGAUCCUUUGUAGGGAAUUUUGUAUGCCUCAACCAUCAGUCAUCGUGUCAAGACUGUCAUGAAUCUACAUCUCGCCAUGAAUGUCCCAAUGACAAAAUCCGCCGUGUUGGCGUUGUGUAAACUAGUCGAGCUGCUCAAGGCCAUCGAGCAUACAUUUCAUCGUCGCAGCAUGUUCAUAGCAGAAAGUUUGACUCAUAUCAUUCAGUAUCUGUCAUAUCUUGCCUUGGCAACAAUGGAGACAGCAAAGGUAGGGCCAAACUGGACUUAUAUACAAGGGCGGAUUUUCAUUUAUUUAAAAGGAGGGUUUCCGGUGGGAUACAAGCGGCCAGGGUUAAGCGUUUGGGUUAAAGCCUUUCACACAAAAUAGGAGGGGUGAAGCGAAAUUUUGGUUGGGUUGAACACUUUAUUAGAGGGGUUAGAGAAAUUCUAGGGGUGGGGGGUUAAAAUUAAUUGGCCAUUUAGUGUUUUUGUUCGGCAAAUAGCCGAUUGCCGAUUGCCCACUGUUAUAAUCCACACUGCAUCCAUCGCUACAUUCACGUAGUUAUUAGUUAUUAUUUUAUAAUACCUUAUUUAAUUCUGAUCGUUUAAUUGGCUGUUUAUGGUCACGUGAUAUUGAAUAGAAAAUUCCAUUUCCCAAGAAUGCAAUGGAAUACGUUCCAUUGCACUCUCUGGAAUAGAACGUAUAGUACAAUUGCACUCUUUGUGUUUUCGAUAAAUCGCAUCCCUCAAAAUGCUUCUCAUACGAAUCUAUUAGUCUAUUUUGGUAUUAUAUAAAACAAAUAAUGAAUGUUUAUGAGUGCAAUGAUAAGAAUAUUUUCAUUCGGUGAAAGAUGGAAUGUUCCAUUCAACUCGGUUGUCGCCUCGUUGAAUGGAACAUUCCAUCUUUCACCGAAUGAAAAUAUUCUUACCAUUGCACUCAUAAACAUUCAUUAUUUGUAUAUUGUUAUUAACAAUGUAAAUAUAAUUAUCAUUUUAAAGGCUGUACUCCAUUGCUAGUAUAAACUGGAUCAUAAUUGACCACUUGCGUAAUAGACUAAAUUUUGAACUAAACAAGUCUAGACAAAAAUUUCAUCACAGCUUGAAGGAGCAUCACAAAAUUAGUAAUAUUCCAAAGUUUCGUUGCAAAAUGUUGUAAAAUGCGGAAAAUAUAGCCUUGCGAAAUUUGCAAUUUUCAGUCAUUUUAGAUUACAAACGGGAAAUUGACAGCCCCAAACCCUUCGAGGCUGUCAAUUUCCGGUUUGUAAUCUAAAAUGACUGAAAAUUUCAAACUUCGCAAGGCUAUAUUUUCCGCAUUUUACAACAUUUUGCAACGAAACUCUGGAAUAUUACUAAUUUUGUGAUGCUCUUUCAAGCUGUAAUGAAAUUUUUGUUGAGAUAAAAAUUUAGUCUAUUACGCAAAUGGUCAAUUGCAUGGGUGAUAAAUCUACUUCACUCUCCUUAGAACCGUGUUGCUGCGGACAAGAAGUAUACACACAAAAGACUGGUAAUUACUUUAACCCAAUAUACUCGAAUUUAGUUGAUACGCGUGGGGUAUGUAUUUUUCAGAUAGUUGCAUGCCUACUAACGAAAGCUUGUUAUUAUUGGAAAUGUAUAUACAUUUAUUAGACCUAAACAGAGACGGAAGCGAAAAAUGCAACUUUAGGUCCCUGACAGGGGUUGAACUUGCGGCCCUGCACAGGAAUCGCGGGGCUGCAGGUUCAAUUUCCACUCGACAAUUUCUAUCUACAAUGGCCAUCAAAUAUCAUUCAUUCGAGUGAGAUGCCACAAAAAUCUAGCUUGUUAUUUUUGACACUACCUGCACUGGCACAGACAGUAUGAAAUGACUCACCAGCAUAUUAGCUACUAUGAUUAACAAAACAUUCAUAAAUCAACUUUUUAGGAUGUAAUGGCUGCGUUACUGUUGGCCCAGAAUGCCUUGAAUGGAAUGGGUAAGUUAAUUGUUGUACACAGAGGACUUCAAGUAGCCCCGUGGCACAGAUUAUUGGGUUUGAGGCCGCCCACAUUCGGGCUAAAAAGAAUUGAAGAGAUUAUUUCCCUGGCCUCAGAGUGACAAAACGUAACAAAGCAUGAAUGGUUUUACUAACACUAACCCUAUUCCAAACACCAACUCUAACUCAAACCCUAAUCCUAACCCUAACCUAACCCUACUCCAAGUUUGUUUCUAAACCAAUCUUGAAGAAAAAGUUUUGACGAAAUGUCAUUCUGAGGUCAACGAAAUAACUUCUUCGACAAAGAAUUGGGAUAAUGACCGGUCCCUUAUCUUUCUGGUAACAAGAUCCAAACAUAAUAACGAUUCAUAAAUCACAAGGUACCAUAGUUUUAGAUAAGAUAUAUAUGUCCUUUAUGUUUGCUAACAAGUCGUUAGAUAAAAUAGUAUUCUGAUAUUUUUGCCUCCUAAUUUUUUAGGGACUCGAGAGAGACGAUUGGUUACAAAACUUGGCCUCCACGUUGCCACUCAGCUGGUAAAAUGUUUUGUGAACAAUUUGUAGAACAUUUUCCUUUCAGUUGUCUAAAACAUUGUUUUAAUGUCGUAGAAAACUUUCAAAGAAGACGAAUUGAGCAAUCUGACGAUGGUUAUGAAGAAACUUGAAACGAUUUGUGGAUUGAGGAACAAGAUGAGAGAAGUCUGUGAUUGCAGCUUUCUGUACUGGCACAGGGUGAGUUUUUUGUGGUAGUAUCUUAAACGUGUAGGUAGUAUUCUACAAUAAGCUGCCGUGGUUUGUGUCUGAACUACCUGGGAAAGAUGUCUCAAACAUUAGGGUCCAAUGUAGGUAGUAUUCUAAAAUAAGCUGUCGUGAGUCAGAACUAUCUGAAAAAGAUAUCUCAAGCGUGGUGGUUCAGUGUAGGUAGUAUUCUACAAUAAUCUGUCGUAGUUUGUGUCUGAACAACCUUAAACGGAUGAAAUACCUUUGACGUUUCGUGCACUAAUUUUCUCCCAAAGCAAACCUCUUAAGUGAUGCUUCACUUUUCUCUUUUUCAGGUUAUUUUCCCCAUAUAUUUGGACGAUAUCGUCGAGAAAGUCACAGACGCUCAGAGAGUUCACGUAAGUCCGUGAAGGUUUGCAUACAGCACUUUGCAAGAACACUUACGUAUUCCCAUUUAAUGUUUUCUGCAGUAUAUGUUUGGAGAAGAACACUUACACGUAAUCUUAUUUUCUGCAGUAUAUGUUUGGGGCACUCCGUGACUGCGUCCUGCCUUUGAAACAAUCACGACAUGAUCCACCUGAAGUCAUGCUGGACGCUUUUAAUCAAGAAAUUUCUAAACAAUUUGAUGAGGUAAGUACCAUGCAGGGACUGGUUGUAUGAAGAUCGGAUAGCGCUAAUGCGCUAUCCACCUAAUAGUGAAUUAUUUCAAACUUUCUAAAGUUUUCUGUUUCUGGUGUUAUGCACUUAGGUGUGAAGAUAUAUGUUUGUGAUGUUGUCUCUAGCAAACCAAAGGUCGCGGGUUCGAUUCCCACCGCGGUCAAGCGAACCUUUCAGCUUUCUAAAGUUGUCGGUACAUUAGUAUAACGCAAAUUACCAACUUUUAUAAAUUAAAGUUGAGGACCUUAAGACCUUUUAUGAGGUCUAUAUCCGUACUAGCUUUUGAAAUAUUUUUACAACAGCCCCAGAAUAUUCAUCCGCGGCCUUCGUACAACCGGCCCCUUUGAAAGAACAAAUUAAAGGACUAAAUAUGGUUGUUUCAAUUUUCUUCAGCAUUUUCUUGCUCCUGUAUGUCGUCAGAUCGAGACAGAUCUUCGACUUCAUAUCCACCAACAUUUACAAGUUGGAGACAGAAAUCCUUUCAGGGUGAGUUUUGGACCUUGAUGGAUCUUAAGCAACUCGGAAGGCAAUAAGGCCAGGUGGCAGUCUCUGUCUUUGAAGGCAGGAUUUUCUAUACAGUGAUAGUAUAGUGAGUGUCCAUUGUCCUUAUGUUGCACUUAUUACAUAUUCAUUCGUUUUAUCAAGGUUGGUAUCAAAGACUUAUCACAAUUUCUCAAAAUCAAGCCGAUCAGAUUUUUUGAUAGACUAAUCAACGUUAAAGGUAUUCAUGAAUAGAUUUGGGCUGUUGGUAUAGCAGUUCAGUGCACUACGCAGUUGGCUUCCUCAUGUGAAGAAAUUGCUUUCAGUUUGAGUCUGUACCAAACUCUGAACUUCUGUUGCCAUCCUAGUAACACUGGUCAACCCAACUCUAGUCGACAUCAACUCUCAUUGAAUUUGAGCAGGUUCAAAUGUUGAUGAGAGUUGAAAGGAAUUUUCGCUCGUUUGAUCAGUAAUACCUAUAGGCAACUCUUAUCAACUUUCAUGCAACUUUUGUUCUCGUUUGACCGGGACAUGAAAGUUGAGAAAACUCUCAUGCAAACUCUCAUUUCUCAACUCUCAUGCAACCUUUGUUCUCGUUUGACCGGGGCAUGAAAGUUGAGAAAACUCUCAUGCAAACUUUCCCUUCUUAACUCUCAUGUAACUCUUGUUCUCGUUUGACCAGGGCAUGAGAGUUGAGAAAACUCUCAUGCGAACUCUCGCUUCUCAACUCUCAUCAUCCACGUUUGACCAAUGGUUAACUGCAUGAUGGCUCUUAUACUGGAUCUCUAGGAAGAACACUGUGUAGAACUGAUAUAGAGCUACAAUAUUCUGUAUAAAUAAAGUCGUGCUAUAUUUAUUAGAACAUGUUGCUCAUUAUUUGGACUCGACAUUCUACAACCUAACCACAGUGGCUCUCCAUGACUGGAAGACCUAUGGAGAAAUGAAAAAUUUAGCAGCACAAAGAUACAGUCUGACGAUGACGGAGGCUCACCUUCCCAGUCAAACACUGGAACAGGUCAGUUUACAUUUAUUUCAUAAAAUCUAACAAAAAUUUAAUUUAACAUAAACAGUUUCAUUCACCACUCCGUUGUUCAAGCAUCUGAUAGUAAUCAGCGACUCUGGCAUUCUUGUUUGAUUUAUUUAUAACACAUUUAUUGUUAUCUUCUUGGCUCGCCUGCGGCAAUACAGUUUUCUGCGAUGAAAAGAGCCCUGUUUCCCAAAAUUUCAAUUUUGACCAUCUGCUUCUACCUGUAAGAGAUGGACAGCCUCAGUCUGUGAGAAAAAAUACAUUAACCACGUCUAUGCCUGUUACCACGCAAUUCAAAUUUUCGGAUAACUCGCAUGCUUAGUUACCUCUGUUCUGGUAAUGCAAGUAUAUAAGGUAAUCAAGCAUUGAAGAUAUAAUAUGCACGUGAAUCGAUUGACAAUAGCCAUAACACUGUGGUUAGGUCUGUUUCGUGGGUAAAUUUAGGGGUGACGUGCAGGGGUAUACAACCUCUAUAAUAUAUCCAGCGCCCUCUUUUCCCCCGGAUAAAUUAGCAUCCAACCUAUCGAUCGCGUUCAGACUCGUGAGCUCUGGAACUGACAUCCAAUAGCUCUUCAAUUUCCGCCAUCUUGGAUUCACGCUUUGGACUCGAGUUCUCGCUCCAGAUAUAUAUGGAGUUCAGUGGCAGGAGUUUAAAAAAUAGACAAGCACGCGAGCACUGCUCGCAGGAAAUGUUAAACAGCUGCAGGAAAUUCGUUUGAAUGAAGAUUUGCCAUUGAAUAUUUGAAGGAAAGCUUAACACCCAUGUCCCAAUAUGGGCGCAUCAACAUAUAGUUGACAGACAUAAUUCUUUAAAACCAUGGUCAGCUAGAACACUAUAUGUUUAUGCACAUGCAGAUUUAGCAUAAAAAUACUCCGUUGGUCUGCAGGAAAUUUCCGUCUCCAGGUUGUGCUCUCAGGAAGAAAAUUAUUUUUUCCUUUCCUGCUCAGUGGAUCAGUACGAUUCUCCCUCUAGAUUCUCACCUGUUUCUCCAACAUCUUUGUUGGUAACCGUUUCACCAUUAUCCCCCAACUCAUUCUCGAGAUGUUUUUCUCCAAUGGUUGUCGACUCAUCACUGACUACAUACUUUUCAGCCUUGGCUCCGAACUUCUUGCAAACACAGCGAAGAUCUAGUUGUUUCCAUGCACCAUCCUGGGUUUGUUUCGGUCGAGCAAUGCUAUCCAACUCUAGGACAGGCGCUUCAGACAUUGCUAUAAACCCAGGGCAAACCAGUAGGGCUUUCGGUCGAAUAAUAUUUCUUAUCCGCUUGGCAAGAGUUUGAGGUUGCGCGAUUUGUGUGUGUGGUUCCGAAUGACAGCUUUCUUGUUUAUCAGGUUUGACUGGUUCAGCGGAUCUGGUUGCGAACCUGUUAGUGAAACUGGAUGAAAACCAGUUUUGUCGUAGAGCUCUUGAACUUGGUUCAUCUUUUGUUGCUUUCUCGGAACUUGGUGUAUUGGAAAGAAUUUCUUGUGUGUCUGUUGAGUUUGUGUUUGGUAGAAGUUCCAUUGAGCUUGGUUCGAACAAGCUUGGGUUUUCAUCUUUUCUGUUUAAUUUGAUCUGUGAAAAUAUUUAAUAUGGUAAAAUAAGUAUUAUAAGUAUAGUGAAUCUCAAGUGACUAAAAUAUGUAAUUAUGGUAGGGUAGGGUAGGGUAGGGUAGGGUAGGGUAGGGUAGGGUAGGGUAGGGUAGGGUAGGGUAGGGAUGAAAACCGUUUUUCAUCUAACAACAGUGAUGGUAUAUGAUUUUUAGCGUGUUUCCUUGCGAUAUCCAACCUCAAUCAUGUGACGAAUUAGGGUGGGUUCAUUCGCUAAUUUGCUCAUGAAUUAUUAAUGAGUUUGAGAUGAUAUUGUAUGGUAUGGUAUGGUGUGGUGUGGUGUGGUGUGGUAUGGUAUGGUGUGGUAUGGUAUGGUAUGGUGUGGUACGGUAUAGUGUGGUUUGGUGUGGUAUGGUUCAGUAUGGCAUUGUAUGUUGUGGUAUGUCACGGUAUGGUAUAGUAUGGUAUUGUAUGGUAUGGUAUGGUAUGAUACGGCAUGGUGCCAUGGUAUGGUAUGUCUGGGUAUGGUAUGAUAUGGUAUUGUAUGGUAUUGUAUUGUAUGUUGUAGUAUAACAAAGCGAAUCGGUACAAAAUUAACAAAAAACCUUUACCCCAGAAAGGUCUCUGAUGAGAAAUUUCUCAUACUUGGCAGCACCAAAACACCUGCCUUCGUCAUCAUCAGUAAGGGAAAUGUUCUCGUCAGAGUAUGAACUUUCACAAGUCAGUAAAUUCAAACAAGCUUCUGGGCUAUAGCUUGAAUCUGACGUAUAUUGGGUGGUUUGUGUUUGAUCCUUGUCAACCAUGUUUAACGAAGUCGCACUGUCUUUCUUCGGUAGUACAAAAACUGUUUGUUGAUGUUUGCGUCUUGUAUUUCUUUCAUCCUAUAAUGAUAAGUAAGCGGGAUGCAACUUUACUUGCAGCUGAGAGCUAAGCUGAAUUACGAUGGACGCUGAACCUCAGGUUGAAGUAAAAGCUUACUAAGGUCACGGAGCACAGCUGCAAUAGACAAUUCCUAUUCCCAUUGAGAUGCCAAUAAAUCACCACAGCUAGAAAGAGCAUACUAAAAUUAGUAAAAUUACAAAGUUUGCUUGCGAAAUCAGUUGUAAAAUGCGGAAAAUAUAGCCUUGCAAAGUUUGCAAAUUUUGUAUACUUUUGUAUUGCGUGCGGAAAUUGCUACCAUUUUCGGCCCAAAUGUGAUAGGAAUGUGGUAGGAAUUUCCGCACGCAAUACAAAAGUAUACAAAAUUUGCAAAUUUUGCAAGGCUAUAUUUUCCGCAUUUUACAACAUUUCGCAACCAAACUUUGUAAUUUUACUCAUUUUAGUAUGCUCUUUCUAGCUGUGGUGAUUUAUUUGCAUCUUCUUGCCUAGUUUUUAAAUUAGUCUAUAAUGGAAAUUGUCUAUUAAAGGGUUAGAUAUACAAGCUCCUUCACAAUCAUGAUUUCUUUUGUGUUUUUUUUUUCAUAAAUUAUUAUUGAGAGUUACAAGUACCUCGAAGUAUGUCUCUUCAAAGUCAAUAGCUUCUAGUUUAGUAUCGCUGUUACUACUGGAAAUAUUUCUGAGAACGGUUUCGCCGUUUUUAUCAUGAAAUAUUUCAGCCCACAUAUCUUCCUCCCAAAUAUCAUCUUCCACGAGCUCUUCACGUGCUCGACUUUGUGAUGAAGAAACAUUAAGUUUAUUCAUUUUUUGCUGUGGGAUUUAUCUCAAUAGUAUAUUUAACAUUUGAAUCCGCUUGCGCAUUGAAAGCUGCGCUGGCUUUUAUGUAAUUAGUGUUUCUUUCUGUCGCGUCAUUUAAUUAUAAUAGUCGCGCGUACACACGUAAAAGUGCGCAAGUUGUCACAUUUUGUCACAUGCAUGCAUCAGACUUGCUACAAGAUUGUUCCAACAGGUUGACAUCGGGUUUUGUUCUCAUUGCUUGUUCCCAGCUUGUUGACAUGGUGUUGCAGGCAGUGGUAAUGAUUCAACAAACUUAUUAUCGUGAUUUAACAAACUUGUUAACAAACCUUUAGCAACAAACCUUUAGCAACCUUUAAAGGCAACCUUGAAAAACUGAAAAACAAUUGAAAAACUAACUAGGAAAAGCAAUUAAGCUUGCAUAUAUAAUUCAAAAUGAGUGAACUCAAUGCUUAUAACAUUAAAAAUGUUAAAAAAAAUGUUAAAAACAUUGAAAUCACUGGUUAGUUUUUUCAAUUAAAGGGUUGUAAUGCGCCUUAAAAAUCAUCAUUCAAAAGGCUGAACUGUGCCUUUAACCGCAUUGUUAAAACCUAGCUGUUUACCAGCUUACUACUUACUGUUGCGUGCUGCCGUGCUGGAUUAAACUGAUUAAGCAUUUAACAUGGUCCCUGCAUGGACAUGCAGAAUACAUCCUUCCUGAACGUACGUCACUUUGGCUAUACAGCCUCGUUGUAGUGAUUGAGAUGAUGGGCUUUAACUAGUGUCACAUAUCCUGGUGCUGGUUGUUCAAAGGUGGAUUAGCGCUAACCCUGGGCUAAAAUUGAACCUGCUGUUUUAGUUUAUAUAUUUCUGCACGUCUGUUUAUUUCAAAACUUUAGACAAGAUUUCUGAAGAAACAUUUCCAAAUUUAUGAACAAGCUGUCAGGAAGCUUGCUUUCAAAUUUAGGUUAACCUAUAGGGUUAAAGGUGAUCUACAGUCCGUAUGUAAACAAAGCCUUUGUUUACAUUUUUGCGUCCAAAAUAUUGAGCUUUAUUCGACAACUUUAUAUUUUCAAGCUUCUAGAGUAUAAUAAAUGAUCAAGAAACAACAAUCAGGCUUUGCAAGAACCCAAAACAUAGUUAAACUGUUUGUAUCAUAAAAAGUGGGCUCAUUUGUGCACAUGCGCAGAUCGGACUGUAGAUCACCUUUAAGGUAAUCGGUUUUUGAACAACCGUCCCCAGGAGGGUGUAUUACCACGAAGUUGGGUUAAUAUCUAUGGGGAUUAUAUAUUACACAUAUCCUCGUGUUGGAUCGACUUGGAUGAGUAGCAGUUUCUGUAGGAGGAAAAAAUUUGCUAUAAAAUUCAACUAAUUUGUAUUUUCAUUGUCACACAGGGGCUAGAUGUUCUUGAAAUCAUGCGAAAUAUUCACAUUUUUAUAUCUCGAUACUUGUACAACCUCAAUAAUCAGGUAAGACAUAAGAUGCGAUUCUGUUGAAUUUUUAUUUCGCAAUGGAAAAAGGAACUGUUCUAACUAGUACCUUUUUUGCAGAUUUUUGUCGAACGUUCGUCAAACAACAAACAUCUAAACACGAUCAACAUUCGUCAUAUCGCGAACUCGAUCAGAACCCAUGGCUCAGGAAUCAUGAACACGACUGUGAAUUUUACGUACCAGUUUCUGAGAAAGAAAUUCUUCAUUUUCUCACAAUUUUUGUACGAUGAACACAUCAAAGGCAGAGUUCUCAAAGUAUGUACCGUAUAGCCUACUCUUGACUAAGUUUGCUGAGUUAAAGUAAAGUAAAUUAAACUGAUUUAUUUAUACUCGCACCCCUAUCGCAUAGGAUGACAGAGACCUUCACUGACGGGUGCUUGUUGUACACACGUAAAAAUCUCACAAUUUGUCAACAAGAUGUGUUCGCAACAGGCUUGUAGCAAGCUUUUCAACAAGUUGUAACAAUGCUAUUAUUUUAUCAAGUUACUAUACAAGGUUGUCAGUCACAACUUGUUGACAAAUUGUUGACUUGCAGGACGAUAACAAGUUGUUGGAACAACUUGUAACAACUCUGUUGAUCUCAACAACCUUGUAGCAAGUUCUCAACAAGUCGUUGAGAACUUGUCAACAAGCUGGGAACAAGCAGUGCGAACACAUCCUGUUGCCAAGUUGUUGAAACAGCAUUGUCACAAGUCUGCUGCAGGUUUGUUACAACUUGUGCGUUUUUACGUAUGUUCUGCGUGCUUGAAGUACUGUUGAAGGAUGUAAACUUUCAUUCUCACUGACACUGUUAUUUCUACGGUCACUGUAGGAUAUCAGAUAUUUCAAAGAAAUCCGGGAGGAAACUGGACAGAAGUAUCCAUUUGAAAGAGCAGAGAAGUUUAACAAAGGAAUUCGAAAGCUUGGCUUAACUCCAGACUCCUUGAGCUAUCUCGAUCAAUUUAGAGAGCUCAUUACUCAAGUUGGUAAGCCGAUAUAAAAUAAUUGUGAAUUUUGAAAGGUAUUGCUGAACGUUAGUUUCGACUGCGUGUUGGAUUGUGGAUCCAACAAUUAUCUAAUACUAGCAUCCUCCGCAGGCAUCGCCUUUAGAUUAGCAGGCAAAAUUUGUUUGCGGGCAAAAAAAGAAGCGACAGUGAACCACGAGAUGCCUGCGAAGGAGGCCAAUCUUAUACAUAUCACUGGAAAAAAAAAGUGAAAUCCAUACUACGAAAUUUGCAAUUGCACCACUAAAGCCACAGUAUAUCCGUCCUAUUUCCAUACUAUAUCCACACUAUGGAAAUAUACAAUUAUUAUGGAUAACCAAAAUCCAUAAAGGUCCAUACAAUUUCCAUUCUAUGACCUUCUAUGGGUUUUCAAACUUUUUUCCAGUGUAUGUUGCAAUUAUAUUUGGAAUGUAUGAUUUUCUCCUAGGUAACGCUAUGGGUUACAUCAGGAUGGUUAGGUCAGGAGGAUUGCAUUGUGUAUCAAAUGCAAUAAGGUAAAUGCUUUUAUAAUGUUUAUACAUCAUGAUGGGUAGACUCAUGAAAGACAAUCUUUCAUCACUAUUCAUUUGUCUGACCUUACUUACCAUACUGACCUUACACAGAAAAUAGCAUGGAAAUAUACUAACUUUUUUGGCGGCACCCCUCAGCUCGCACACCAAGAGAAGAUUCUUGUAUUCCUCAAUUUCAUAGAUUUGUUCCGGAUCUUGAAGACAUCAUUUCGUUUGAUGAGCUAGUCAAGGACGAGGGUUUGUCAGAUGAAACUCAAGAAGCCGCCAAGUAAGCUGUGAGAAAAUUAGACAGAAGAGUUUCACAACACUCCCUGCAUGUCGUUGAUUGCUUCUAUUUUAUCUUUUAGAAAUCUUGACGCAGCUAUCAGUAAUAUGGCCAAGAAUUUUGCCGAAGGAACGGAUUAUUUUAAGGUAAGAAUGUGUUUUUCGUGGGGGAUUUAGUGGCACAAAGGCAGCCUACAAUCAGUGACAAAACACUUUGGACAAAAUAGCAAAAGAGCGUACAUUUACAACAUAAUCGACCCCCCGCACCCCCCGUUCAAUGUUGUGUGUAGAAGUACCGGCGCAAAAUGUUCCUUGCCAGCCACCCAACAUUGUUUAGGGUGGGGGAGGGAGGGAUAGUGGUUUUAUGCUGAACAGUACUUGGAAAGGCGCAGAUAUGUAUAUAUUAUAUCACUGUCCAAAAACCUUUUGUCACUGAUUGUAGUGCAUUUUUUUUUUCACCUUUGCAAUCUAGGUUCGAUUCCUGGGGCCAGUUGUUCAAAGCUGGAUUAGCUUAAACCUGGGUUAACCUAAAAUUCAAAGCAAACUUCCUCACAGCCUGUUUAUAAAUUUGGAAAUAUUUCUUCAGAGAUCUUGUCUAGAUUGAUAGGAGUUUACUUCUCCGAAGUUUUGAAAUAAACGGACGUCAUGCAGAACUACAUAAACUAAAACAUUUGGUUAAAUUUUAACCCAGGGUUAGCGCUAAUCCAACUUUGAACAACUUGCCCCUGAAGUAUAUAAUUUAUUAUUCCCCUGUUUGUGCUUUUUUUUAGCUUUUAGUGGACGUGUUCGUUCCUCAGUUCAGAGACGCGAAGAAUAUGCACUUGAGAAACUUCUAUAUUAUUGUUCCUCCUCUGGUAGGUUCUUUCUUUUUCAUUGAACACACAGAUGUACUUUACAGGUAAAAGGAAAAGUAGCAUCUAAUGGACAACUUACAUGUUAAACUAAAUUUUGAUCUAAGUCACUUUUUUUGCCUAGAUCAAAAAUGAGUCUAACAUGCAAGCUGGUCUAUUAGGAGGAGAUUUUUUUUAUGUUACGUAACUCGCGCUCAAAACUAAGGCGUAUAAUAUACCACUUGAAGUUAUGACUAAAUUCAAAAUUUUUAUUUUUCGAUACGUUUCUCAAUCGGCAAACAAACUUAAAAAGUAUGUUUAGUGUUUUAUCUGUAAAAUAAUACUAAAUUGAAAAGAUUUUAAAUGAUACGCCAAAGGCAAAGAGAAAAUGAUGUCUGAAGUUCAGUAAGUUUUGUUUAUAUGGCUGUAUUAAAUAUGGCGCCAAUUUUAAAGCAUCUUUGAUAAUUGUAUUUCCAUUGACAAUUUUUAACUAUUUUAUGUUUCUCAACGGCACAUGCAUUUAAAAAGGUAGCUAACUGUAUAAACUAGAGAAUAAAGCUAAAACAAAGUAAUUUUGAGAGGAACGCCAAAAAGAUUUUAGGUUUUGAACACUUUUCAUUGCAAAAACGUGACAUUGAAAAAAAUUGCCUCUUAAUACAAUAAAUUGCAUGUAUAGCAUUGAUCCUUUCGUAUAUUUAGACUCUAAAUUUCGUGGAAUAUUCAAUGAGUCGCAAAGAAAAGAUGACGAAGAAGAACAAGGAGGGAGCCGCAUUUACAGAUGACGGUUUUGCCAUGGGUAAGAUCUAGCUGUGAUUUUUGUUCGGAUUUAAGUUUUUUUCAUGUUCUAUUCUUUUACAGUUGGGUGAUUAUAAUUUCUCCUCAAUCUCAUAUGAGAAUAAAGAUUCCAGUUUGAUUGCACUAAAACAGCGCGGGUUUUUCCCAGGUUUCUCCAGUUUCUGCUUCUAGACACUGGAAAACUAAGGGAUGGCCCUUACCUGACCUGUUAUGUAGGAGAACAGCCACGAACUGGUAAAGAGUUAUCCUGUAUAAAUCUAAAGUAAUCACCUGGGGCCGAUUGUACGAAGGCCGGAUAGCGCUAACCACCGGAUAGUGAUUUUUUCAACCUUUGUAAAAAUGCUUGAAAACUGUGAAACUACGGAUAUAGACGACACAAGAAGUAUAAAAAACAUUUAACUUAUAAAUACUAAACUUUAAUACGAGUUAUAUAUACCAAUCAAUGAGUGAUUUAACAAAACUUGAAAAAGUCCCUAUCCUGUGGAUAGCGCUAUCCAACCUUCGUACAACCGGUCCCUGUAAUAUAAUAUUUGUACUAAAUUAUUCAGGAGUGGCUUAUAUAUUAAAAUUGCUGAAUCAAUACAAGGAAUUUGACUCUCUUCAUUGGUUCCAAUCUGUUGACCAGAAAUAUCAAACUGAUAUGGCAAGUGCUAUACUACUAAUUCAUUGCAAAUUUAUGUUUCAAUGGAACGAAAUUUGUUUCCUCUUCACUCAUCCAUGCCCGUAUAAUUUUUAGCGUAAAGUACAAUCACAGUCGCUUGAUGGCAAGGGCGGUAGAGACGAGAAGCUACAACAAACGCUGAGUUUAACACAAAAGAGAUUGUCUGCUUUCCAAAGGGUUGGUAUUGAACAAUUGAUAAAUUUAAUAAAGGGAGGGAAAAGAAAGCCCCUGGUACAAGAUGGUACGGUCAUGGGGAUUGUAAUUUUUUCCAAGGAAUUUGCAAACGAACACAAAAGUUACUAGUUGCCUCAAACGUUAAUGUAAUGGUUGGAUUAUCAACAGACUUAUUACUCAUUUAUUCCCUUUCGAAUGUGUCGUUGUAGGAGUUUGAAUUAUUGUACUACUCUCUGAGCAGUGCUCGAGUUUUCUUCCGUGCUGAUAAAACCGAGGCUGAAGAGAAAGAAGAAAAGGAGCAAUCUCAGGGUAAGAAUGCUGCGGAGAUUGAAGGCUAGUUUCUUGUCGCUUUACAUUAUCUUAAAAAAGAAGACUUAUUGCUUUACAUUAUCUUAAAAAAGAAGACUUAUUGCUUUACAUUAUCUUAAAAAAGAAGACUUAUUGCUUUACAUUAUCUUAGAAAAGAAGACUUAUUGCUUUACAUUAUCUUAAAAAAGAAGACUUAUUGCUUUACAUUAUCUUAAAAAAGAAGACUUAUUGCUUUACAUUAUCUUAAAAAAGAAGACUUAUUGCUUUACAUUAUCUUAAAAAAGAAGACUUAUUGCUUUACAUUAUCUUAAAAAAGAAGACUUAUUGCUUUACAUUAUCUUAAAAAAGAAGACUUAUUGCUUUACAUUAUCUUAAAAAAGAAGACUUAUUGCUUUACAUUAUCUUAAAAAAGAAGACUUAUUGCUUUACAUUAUCUUAGAAAAGAAGACUUAUUGCUUUACAUUAUCUUAAAAAAGAAGACUUAUUGCUUUACAUUAUCUUAAAAAAGAAGACUUAUUGCUUUACAUUAUCUUAAAAAAGAAGACUUAUUGCUUUACAUUAUCUUAGAAAAGAAGACUUAUUGCUUUACAUUAUCUUAAAAAAAAGACUUAUUGCUUUACAUUAUCUUAAAAAAGAAGACUUAUUGCUUUACAUUAUCUUAAAAAAGAAGACUUAUUGCUUUACAUUAUCUUAAAAAAGAAGACUUAUUGCUUUACAUUAUCUUAGAAAAGAAGACUUAUUGCUUUACAUUAUCUUAAAAAAGAAGACUUAUUGCUUUACAUUAUCUUAAAAAAGAAGACUUAUUGCUUUACAUUAUCUUAAAAAAGAAGACUUAUUGCUUUACAUUAUCUUAAAAAAGAAGACUUAUUGCUUUGCAUUAUCUUAGAAAAGAAGGCUGGUUUCUUAUAGCUUUACAUUAUCUUAAGUUUACCUGAAGAGCGGUGUCAUCUCGUGUAAUCAACCUUUUUUUUAAUAAUAUUUAUUUUCAGGAAGCUUUCUCACAAGGUCCUGAGUAAAAAAAAACAGUAAAAAAAGUAGUAAACUUUGACAACUUUAUCUACAAAUCUACUGAAGAACUUUUGCUGAAAACGAAGAAUUCUUAAUUUUUUUUCACGCAAUUCAGACGCCAACAACGGUUGUGUAGUUAAAUCAUUGUUUUCAAGUACUUUAUUUUUAGGUGAAAACACUGAACAGGAAGGUGAAGCCUCAACAUCCGGUAACAAUCAAACUUCUUCUGACGAUGGUAAGCUUAUCUUGCGAAUUAUCUUGUUUUACCUUGCGUGGUUGCACUGGAUGGAAUCUAGUGUGAUAGCGUUUCAGGUUAUUUCGGUUCAGUGGACUAACCACAUUUUGCUAUAUAUCUAGGAGGUCCCCCCGCACCCCCUCCACCACCUCCCCCACCACCACCAAUGUGA